GCCUUCUUGGAAGCGUCUCCUUCAGCAGCCGCUCUGAGUAAGGCCACGAGAACAGCCAUUUCAAGUCCAUGCACACAGACAGUUCAGCAAAGAUCUUUGUAUGAUGUAUUCCAGUGAAGGUUUAUUGCACCCACCACACCAAAGGGAUCAGGGACAAAGACAAGACCAGGUGCUGUGUGCAAAGUUAAGUAGGGGAGGGCACAGGGGUGGUACAAAGGGCAGGGCAAAGGGCAUUGGCUUACAGGGAAGACUGGGCUGGCCACCAGAGGUACCACAACCAGUGAGGAAACAGAGAAAGGAAAAACAGGGGAAGUUGGGACACAUGGGGAAAGGAACUGGGAUGGAUCAGUGUUAAGCAAGAGUCCAUGAAGGAGUCCUUUCUGUCCACCCAGGUGGAGAAAACACUAUGGUAAGUCUCUCCAAGGCAGUGCUCUGGGGAUUUCCCUGAGGAGAAAGGAUUCAGAGGAUUCCACAGGAAUAGUCUUCUGUCAAGUAAGUCCCAUGAGCCUGAUGCCUUUAACUGGUGAUUUCAAGUUAAUAGAGAAUAUGGAAAAACCUUAUAUCCACUUUCAUACCAGAAGAUACCUGAUAUUUUUUAACCAAUGCUGGGUGAUACAUAGAAGUUUGUUGAAAGAGUUGUUGCUGGUGAUAAGACAAAUAGAUCAACUUGGCUGGAGUCACUAAUGGAUUGUGAAGAAUCUUCAAAUUAGUUAAAGUACUAAAGGAUCUCAGUAGGAGAAUAAGAAGUUGAUAAAUGUACUUCAUCAACUGCAAGAAAUGAACUCCUGGGAAGACUAGUGAAACAUUAUUUUGGGUCUUCUGAAAGCCAUCUGAAGUAUCUUAAAAAGAACUGAACAUAAGGCAGACAAUGUCUUUAGUAAAGAUAAUUACUUGUCUACUAGGUUAUUUAAUUUUUACUGUGGUUAAAAUCUGGGGAGCUGCUUGUCAGUGUCCUUGAUAGGGGGUUAUUGAGGGGUGAACUGUGGGAAUUAACACUGAAGUGUCAAUAGUUGGAAGGCAGUUCAUGCUAUUAAUAAGAUGCUUAAAAUUUUGGUCAGCCCUGAAGUUGGAUUAGAUUAUUCCUUCCAGCUGAAAUAUUCUAAGUUAAUUCACAGUAACAUUGGAGGUCUUUGAUAGCCCAGAGAAAGAUCAAGUGGGUUAUCCUGGAGAUCCAUAGUAGUGUUGAGGCUUAGUUUACCCUAAUUGGAAAUUACCAAGACUAAUGGAAGAACUCCAGAUGGCACAAACAUUUAAGAGGAGCAGGAAAUUCAAACACACCACAAGUGGAUACAACACUUGGUUGAAAUGAAAAAUUUCUUUUGCUAAGUGUACACUUGACACAUUGGUGUCCAAAUUGACCAACCACUGGCUCAGAACUAACAUAGUCUUACAGAGCAUUUUAGAAUAAGAGGCGCAGAAACACGCCAGUUGUUAAUAUUCUCAGAAUACUGUGUUCUUCUAUAUCUGCUUCAGCAAUAAAAAUUGAAGUGGUGGACAGCAGUUACUAAUGGGCAGCACUUCAGAGACUUGAACUGCUUUGCAGGCAGAGGAGGAGUCUCUAAAGAAUAAUUUUGCAGCAUAGAGGAGGGCAGAGGCUAGAGGAGCAUGCUUUGCAUGAGAGGUGACAGCAAAAAUCUGGAUGUUCAGCUGAACAGCAGUGCAUGCACAGUUCCUCAGUACAAGAUGUCAAAGCCAGCACCACUAAUUUGUGUCAGGACGCCACCAUUGUCACCUUCCACAUUAAAACAGUAGUGACCGUCCAGUCAUUGACAAGGUUAAGUAUAAACUCCUUAACCUAGAGAUAAUCAUCCCCGAUUCCCAUUAAUCUUUCUUUAAAAUAUUUAAUAGUGCAAAGAGUUAUAAAGGAUAAUGAACUAAGUAUGAAAACUAUUUCAUGUGAAGUUUUGACUUUUUUUUCUUUCCCUCAACAUCAAAAAAGCAUUUCUGUCUCUGGUAGCAGAACAUUUGAGGAAGAUUGCUGUGUGCUGUGGCAUCAUCCUUUUGUUCACAUCCCCAUGAGACUGCUGAUAGGCUUAGUGAUCAUCAAUCAGUAUGUAAUAUUUGGAGUUACAGAAAAGAAGUUUUUUGUAAAGUCAGGAUAUAUUUUCUAGGAUGUCGGACUGCUUGCAGAUGUUCUUCCCAUAUGCUGAAGCAAACAGCUACAGCAGUGUGAUACUGCCCAGGCUACUUGUCCUGUCUUUUCCUAGUUCAGCUCCGGCGGCUUCCCUCCUUCAUGGCAAAGGUUCGAUCUGUGGAUGAGAUGAAUCAUGAGUUUCAAGCUCUUGCCCUAGAAUCUCGGGGAAUGGGAGAGCUUUUACCUGCCAAAAAGUUUUGGGAACCUGAUGAUUCAGCAAAAGAUGGACAAAAAGGGAUAUUCCUUGGUGACGAGUGGAGAGAGACUGCAUGGGGAACUCCUCACCAUUCUAUGUCCCAGCCUAUUAUGGUACAGAGAAAGCCUGGACAGGGUUUUCAUGGAAACAGUGAAGUAAAUGCUGUAUUGUCUCCACGAUCAGAAAGUGGUGGCCUUGGAGUGAGCAUGGUAGAAUAUGUGUUAAGUUCCUCUCCAGCUGAUAAAUUGGAUUCCCGGUUUAGGAAAGGAGCUUUUGGCACUAGAGAUGCUGAAACAGAUGGACCUGAGAAAGGAGAUCAGAAAGGCAAGGCUUCUCCAUUUGAGGAGGACAAAAACAGAGAUCUUAAACAAGGAGAUGAUGAGGAUGUUACUAAAAUAAAUGGCAGAGGUUUGCCAAAUGGAAUGGAUGCCGAUUGCAAAGAUUUUAAUCGUACCCCUGGAAGUCGACAGGCCUCCCCAACAGAAGUAGCUGAACGCCUGGGCCCCAAUCCCAGCACCACAGAAGGAUUAGGUCCUCUUCCCAAUCCUGCAGCUCACAAGCCUCUGGUAGAAGAAUUUUCAAACCCAGAAAAUCAGAAUCUAGAUGCCAUGGAACAAGUUGGUCUUGAUUCUCUACAGUUUGACUAUCCUGGCAAUCAGGUACAAAUGGACUCUUCAGGAGCUACUGUAGGACUUUUUGACUACAAUUCUCAGCAGCAGCUUUUCCAGAGGACUAAUGCUCUGACUGUUCAGCAGUUGACAGCAGCCCAACAGCAGCAAUAUGCACUGGCUGCAGCUCAGCAGCCACACAUAGCAGGCGUAUUCUCCGCAGGCUUGGCUCCAGCUGCUUUUGUGCCAAACCCAUAUAUUAUCAGCGCUGCUCCUCCAGGGACUGACCCGUACACCGCAGCUGGAUUAGCUGCAGCAGCUACCCUAGCAGGUCCUGCUGUGGUUCCACCUCAGUAUUAUGGUGUUCCAUGGGGGGUGUAUCCAGCCAAUUUAUUCCAGCAGCAAGCUGCAGCAGCAAAUACCACAGCAAAUCAGCAAGCAGCUUCUCAGGCACAGCAGGGACAGCAACCGGUCCUGCGAGCUGGAGCAACUCAGCGCCCGCUCACUCCCAACCAGGGGCAGCAAGGGCAGCAGGCAGAGUCACUUGCAGCAGCUGCAGCAGCAAAUCCAGCUUUGGCUUUUGGUCAGGGUCUUGCUACAGGCAUGCCAGGUUACCAAGUGCUGGCUCCCACUGCCUAUUACGAUCAGACCGGUGCCUUAGUAGUAGGCCCUGGAGCAAGAACUGGCCUUGGUGCACCGGUCAGAUUGGUGGCCUCAACUCCUGUUCUAAUCAGUUCUGCAGCAGCACAAGCAGCUGCAGCUGCUUCAGCUGGAGGAACAGCAAACAAUCUCGCGGGAGCCACGAACGGUCUAUUUCGGCCACUUGGUGCCCAGCCACAGCAACAGCAACAGCAAACAAAUAGUAGCCUACAAUCCAAUUCAUUUUAUGGCAGUAACUCUUUGACCAAUAACUCCCAGAGCAGUUCCCUUUUUUCACAUGGUCCUGGCCAACCAGGAAGCACAUCUCUUGGCUUUGGAAGUAGCAGCUCUUUAGGAGCAGCUAUCGGCUCUGCACUUGGUGGAUUUGGCUCAUCAGUUGGCAGUUCUGCAAGUAGUAGUGCCACAAGGAGAGAUUCUCUAUCUACUAGCUCUGACUUGUACAAAAGAUCUAGUAGCAGCCUAGCACCCAUAGGGCAGCCAUUUUACAAUAGUCUGGGAUUUUCCUCCUCUCCAAGUCCAAUAGGCAUGCCUCUGCCAAGCCAAACGCCAGGACAUUCACUUACGCCACCGCCAUCACUUUCAUCACAUGGAUCCUCAUCCAGUUUGCAUUUAGGAGGACUGACAAAUGGUAGUGGUCGCUAUAUUUCUGCAGCCCCCGGGGCCGAAGCCAAGUAUCGCAGUGCGGCGAGCACCUCCAGUCUCUUUAGCUCCACCAGCCAGCUCUUCCCUCCUUCGCGCCUCCGCUACAGCAGGUCUGACAUUAUGCCCUCUGGACGCAGCCGGUUGCUGGAAGAUUUCAGAAACAAUCGUUUCCCUAAUCUUCAGCUAAGGGACCUUGUUGGACAUAUUGUUGAAUUUUCCCAAGACCAGCAUGGUUCUAGAUUUAUACAGCAAAAACUGGAGCGAGCUACUCCAGCUGAGCGCCAGAUGGUAUUUAAUGAGAUCUUGCAAGCAGCCUAUCAAUUGAUGACUGAUGUAUUUGGAAACUAUGUAAUACAGAAGUUCUUUGAGUUUGGAAGCCUGGAUCAAAAGUUAGCCCUAGCAACACGCAUCCGUGGUCAUGUUCUGCCAUUGGCCCUCCAGAUGUAUGGCUGUCGUGUUAUCCAGAAGGCACUUGAGUCAAUCUCACCUGACCAGCAGGUAAUUAAUGAAAUGGUGAAAGAGCUGGAUGGCCAUGUUCUGAAAUGUGUGAAGGAUCAAAAUGGAAACCACGUUGUACAAAAAUGCAUUGAGUGUGUUCAGCCCCAGUCGCUGCAGUUCAUCAUUGAUGCAUUCAAAGGACAGGUAUUUGUACUUUCAACUCAUCCAUAUGGUUGUAGAGUAAUUCAGCGUAUUCUGGAGCACUGCACUGCUGAGCAGACUUUGCCAAUCUUAGAAGAACUGCAUCAGCACACAGAGCAGCUAGUGCAGGAUCAAUAUGGAAAUUACGUUAUUCAACAUGUCCUGGAGCAUGGUCGUCCUGAAGACAAAAGCAAAAUAGUUUCAGAAAUAAGAGGAAAGGUUCUAGCUCUGAGUCAGCACAAAUUUGCCAGCAACGUGGUAGAAAAGUGCGUGACCCACGCGUCGCGUGCGGAGCGAGCCCUGCUGAUCGACGAGGUGUGCUGCCAGAACGACGGCCCUCACAGUGCCUUAUACACCAUGAUGAAGGACCAGUACGCCAACUACGUCGUGCAGAAGAUGAUCGACAUGGCCGAGCCUGCCCAGAGGAAGAUCAUAAUGCACAAGAUUCGACCCCACAUCACGACUCUGCGUAAAUACACCUAUGGCAAACACAUUCUGGCCAAGCUGGAAAAGUAUUACCUGAAGAACAGUGCUGAUUUGGGGCCAAUUGGUGGACCACCAAAUGGCAUGCUCUAAAAGACAAGGAGAAACGGAAGAAAAAUUAAAUUGUGAAUUAUCAAAACCUACAACUUAACUCUAAAUGUUCUGAUUUUUUUAAAUCUAUUUAUUGACUUUGUUCAUCCAUUUGUAAAAUUUUUAUUCUUGUGUAUAUUUUUGGGGAGUGAAUUGUUAAAAAAAAAUAUCUCCAGCCCUGAUCCGGAGACCUAUCAGAUUGGAUGGCUGGCAAAGCACAGAAUGCCUGUAUAUGAUGUAAUUGUAUCAAAAUAGCUGUCACAUAUUUUGUAAAUUUUUACCUUGUAAAGUCACUGAAAUAGUUUUUAAAGGGGAAAAAGUACAGUAUUCUUUUAAUACACUGGCUUGCAAUCUGGUAGGUCUACCCAGCAUCAUAGCACAACAGGUUUAUAGAGUUGUAUAUAGAAUUAACCCUUAUUUUUCCCUUUUAUGUGAAGUCUUUUAUACCAGAUUAAAAUUGAUCAGCUUCAUAAACAUUAUUUAACAUGUUGAAAAGUUAAGUUGUGUUUUGGUGGUUCACAACAUCCUAUCCAAAUAACAAACAGGGCACAGCAAAUUAAAGUAGGGAAGGACAAAACUAUGGAAACUUUGAGAGUAGGUUUUGGCACUUGCUGUGGAUACAGUUUUUUUUAAAUCAUGCCCUAAGGUUUUCUCUAGCAAUGUAUUAAAAAUAAAGUGCUGUAUAUACUUAUAUAUUUAAUUGUUGUACAAGGUAGAGGGAUUAAAAUGAUGGUGGUACUUGCAUUCAGCAAAGUACUCUGUUGGAAAAGGAGUGAACCCUGUAUUAACUUUACAGUCAGUUUUACAAUGCAGGAAGAGUAGAGAUAUGUAUUUUUUUAUUUUGCAUAUAGAAUUGUAAGGAUUUGAAAGUGUUGAGCAUUUAUUUUGCUUUCUCACUGUAGAUGCAAAAAAUAGGUAAUGAUAAAGAGAAGGGGCCACUGAAAAGUAAACUUGAUAGCUCAACACUUAAGCAUGAUUGAUUAAAUAUUCAGAUAGCUUUUUGCUUCCUAUAAAUAUAUGCAUUGUAUACGUGUAGUUAAUAGGUGUAAGUUUACAGUUUGAAAACAAAUCUCUUGUUUCGAUGUUUAUUACAAAGCCUUGCUAAUUUAGUAGUGAUGCUUACCUUGGUUGUACAGAUGUACAUUUGUAAACCUUCAUGCUGUAAAUGUAAUUUGUUUUACUCCUUUUUGGGACAAAAAUUUGCAUUUUAGUGUAUAUUCAUAUCCUCAUUCCCUUCUUUCCCCCUGGCAUAUAGUGUUGUAUAAUGUAAAUUUAUUUCAGCAAAUCAAGAGUGAUUUUUUUAAAAUUCUAUCUUUAUAUGGUUUCAAAAAUAUGAACCGGCUUUCUUUUUAUCUAUUGUGAGAAACAUUAUGUUUUGUUUAUAACAUAGCUGUUGAAUCUGUUCAUAUGGACACUUUGGGAAAUCAAUCUGUUCAAAUUUUAAAUCAGGAUAAAUAAGCAUAGUAAGAAGUGGACUGAAAUACUUGGUUAUUACAGAAACCAAUGCUUCUUCCAUCUUAAUAAAUGUGGCAUGAAUUUUUUGUACAGAAGAGUACUGUAUUUUUGAAUAGCCUUCUCGCAGCGUAAAGCAAAUAUGUAUGAUACUGUCGAUUUUUUUUCCUCUGGACAUAAGACAUUGUAACAGUAACAUAAAGAUGAUGUACAUAUACAAGCGGCCUUAUGUACAUUUCCCAAUGAUCUUUUUAAGGCAGAAUUGUGACCAUAUGUGUAUAAUUAAAAUCCUUUUUAAUUCUUUGCCUAUGGAAAUAUUUUGGAAAAAGCUUACUUUGUAUAUUCAGUUUCUGAAAGAUAAAGAAAGUGCUUUGUAUGUUGUUGAAGUAAGUAUUUUGUGUAAAAUGUUCAUUUGGAUGGCUUAACCUAAAGUUUUCAUUAACUUGGUAGUUUGGAAACAACAUCUUGAGCAUUGAUCAAAUAAAAGGCUGUUGUGGUAGGGGUGUGAUCAUGAGAAAGAAAAUAGUAGUGGUAUAAACUUGUAUGAGGAAUUCUGUCAUGUUACUGUUGAUACCAGGGUUACCUAACUGUUACUAUAGCAGACAUCUGAGGCGCUGCGUUUCUAAUGGUAGUGAUAACUCCUUAAUAGGCAAAUGGCAAAGUUUCUUCUGGUCUACUUCCAGUGCCUGCACAAAGUGAAGUAGUAGGCCUUGUUAUUUUGAGUAAGCACAAUUCUAAUUGCCAAGUAGGUUUUGUAUGGCAGUUCACAAAAUUCCUACCCAGAGGUACCAGCCCAGUCAUUGGAGCCAGAGCUUUCCUGUAGUCACCCAAAGGAUGACUUCUGAGCCACUUCCUUGGACACAUCAAUUCUCAGUGACUAUCUUUGCCCUGUGUACCUGUGCCGUGUGUUGCAAUCCACAGAGCCAGCAUUCCUUCAACACAAGACAGUAUGUCAGGCUUUUGGGGAUGUCCAGACAGAAACUGAUAAUGUCCCUGUACUUUGUUCCUGCAGCACUCAUGCCAUGGUUGAAUUUAAACAGUCCUGUAACUGUCAUCCUUGGUGCUUUCAAUAUCUUUAGUAUAAUCUUCCACUUGCUCUCCUGAGAUCAUUUGUGCACAAGUUUUAUCCAGGAACAUGAAAAUCACUGGAUUUCCUUUCAGCUAUUUUAGGGUUUGGGUAGAACCACUAGACUUUUUGCUCAAGUAUUGCUUUUUGAUAUAGAUUGUUUAUGGACCAGUUUGAUUAGGUUUGACUCCAGGUGGCUCGUAUUGAAUAAUGUAAUGUUCACGUGUAUAUACUGUAAAAAUCAAAAUGAAAAUGUGUGAAUAACACUGUGUGAAAUAUA